AUGCAUAUCACCCUAUCACGUUCCCUCGCCAUCUUGGGCGUAUUUGCCUACUCUUCCACAGCUUUAAUAUUGCAACAAACACCUACCGGUCUUCAAAAUGACUUGGGAUAUAAUGUCGCAGAACGAACUAUUUCUCCUACAGUAAUAGAUUUCAAAACUUUCUUACCAACAUCUGUUUCUGUUACUCCUUCCAAUAAAUCAUCGCCUGCAAUUGCACUUGAGCAAAGCGAAAAUGCCGAUACGGGACCAGAAGAGAAACUUCACGCACGCAAUCUGGGUCCAUUGGGUCAAGAAGGAUUCAACAUCGCUACAUACCUAAACACCAAUCCCACCAACACCGAGGUUGCAGUAACUUCUCAAAUCCUCGCCCCCGUGCCUUCAAUUACUGCGGAUCCCAGUUGGAGUGAAGAAUUCCUCACUCCCACAACUACAGUAAUCGUUCCUGCUUCCACAAUCUACUACACCGAAGCUACAGUUACCAUCACCCAAACGACCAUCACCGUCACUGCUCGGAGUGUCAAUACAUUGGCAACCCAUCCUGCCAUUCUACAGCUAAAUCGAGCACCACCGCAAACAUUGCAAACCAUUACCAGGUCGUCUACACUCGAUUCUUCGUCAAGGGAAAGAAAGGCGUAG